GUUAAAGUUAGAUUUGAGCAGGGUUAAAGUACAUCUCACAGGUCAUCAGUUGUGUACUGUGUGUUUCUGUUUGACAGCUCUGUGUGUUGUGGAGUCAGAUGUCAUUAAGGAGGUGGUGGGAGGACAAGUGAUGUUCGGCUGCUCGUUCACUUGGGCAGGGACCAACAACAAAUACUUCUGCAAGGGGACAUGUUCUGAUGGAGACAUUCUGGUUGAAACGAAGGGGAGUAAGAAUGUAACUCAAGGUAGAUACAGUAUAGAAGACAAGGGAAAUGGAGUCUUCUAUGUGACCAUCAAGAACCUGAUGAAGACAGACUCUGGGACCUACUGGUGUGGAGUGGAGAGAUAUGGCCCAGACACAUACCAAGAGGUGCAUCUCACAGUUACAGAUGGUCUGAUGGUGUGGACCAGUGUUGGUCUGGUAGCCAAGGUGACAGUGUUAGGACUGGUCCUGCUCCUGUUCUACAGACAGAGGAGAGGAACCAGGAGAACACCACCACCAGUCUCCUCCAACACACAACCUGACCCUACUGGAGAGGUUGACUGUAUGUAUGAGGAGAUCAGAGAGGCAGACAGACAGACACACACACUACCUGUGGUCAUCUCUUCAGUCUACUCUACUGUCAACUCACCUACCAACUCUACAACCUACCCUGCUGACCAAGCCUCUACAACCAACCCUGCUGGCCAAACCUCUACAACCUACCCUGCUAGCCAAGACUCUACAACCUACCCUGGUUGUCAUGGUGACGGUGACUAUGAGGAGAUAAUGGAGCGCCCCCUAAGGUCAGACUCAGGCGCUGCGACCUCCACCAUCUACGCCACCGCCAACUUACCCACAAGUCACUCUGACUCUCUCCACUACGCCAGCGUCAACUUCCACAAGAACCCCAGUGGCCCCAACGAAGCCACUGACACCAUCACUAAAGAGGGCAGCUGCCCCAAUGAAACCACCGCUGCCAUUACUACAGAGGGCACUUCAUCAUGUGACUAUGCUACUGUGAACAAAAGCCCCGCCUACUCUACUGUCAAUCAUCCACACAGCUGCUCUGAGGCUCCUCCCAUCUACUCCACAAUCAGCAAACCCAGAGACACUUGA